AUGGCACCCUCAUCCUAUAAUGGAUUUUACACGUACGCUCUCGCAGGCCUGGUAGUGUUAUCCACCCUAUAUUGGAACCAGUAUCACGCACCAGAGAUUGUUUCUCAUGACUUUGGGGCACAAUUGGAAUCGCCUGUUGAUGUUAUCAUUCUAGGAGGCAGCCAUGCCGGUCUUUCCGCUGCAGCGACACUGUAUCGCCACCAGCUCUCCACGCUCAUUUUUGACCAUCAAAAGCCUCGGAAUUCAUGGCUUACGCCAAUGAGGGUCCUAUCUGGCUGGGAAGGCAAAAAUCCAGACGCACUACGGGAGAAGAGUCGGAAGGAAAUAGCUGCAACCGGUUUCGCAAAGACACUAGAUAAAACCAUCAUCAGUGUGGAAAAAACAAACAAUACCCUAUUCCUGGUCACGGACUCGGAGGGUGGGAUGUGGUAUGGUCGGAAGCUUUUACUAGCUAUGGGCGCGGAGUUCGUCUUCCCGGAGAUUCCUGGAUAUGCGGAGAAUUUCCCUAAGAAGAUCUUCCACUGCAUGUUCACAUUCGGCUUCGAAAAAAGAGGCAGUGAACAUGCCGGACUUCUAGCCAAAGGCAGCCUCUCCACCGUCAAACACGCACUCAUGGUCGCCCAAGACACCCUCAAAUUCGCCAAAAAUCUCUCCAUCUACACAGACUCCAACCCCACCCUCGCUGCAGACCUGCUUUCCGCACUUGCUUCAAACAGCCUUUCAGACUCCGUAGACAUCAACGACCAUUCAAUCAAACGCCUUAGCUCCGGCGGAGCUUCAACCAUCUCGCUCUCACUCGGCGACGAAACCACACACACGCGAGACUUCCUCGUUCACCAACCGCUCGCAAGACCACCGCCGUGGAUAGUGCAGCAGCUUGGGCUCGAGCUAGAUGUUAUGGGUAAUAUCAAGACGAAUGGCUUUUUUUAUCAGACGAAUGUGGAAGGGGUGUUUGCUGCGGGGGAUUGUGCGAGCCCCUUUAAGAUUAUUCCGAAUGCGCUGCUGAUGGGUGCUAAUGCUGCGGCGGGGGUGGCGAGGGAGUUGCCGAGGAGUGUUACUGGGAAUGGAUUGCGGGGUUUUGAGGGGAGGGAGAGGAGGGGCAUUUGGAUGAGGAUUGCUGGGCUUGGGGGAUUUUGA